AUAUGAUACAUUUUAUGUAUGCCAAUUACAAUAUAUUUGGAGAUAAUAUAGAGAAUAUUGUGUGAGUGUUGAAUAAAGAUCAAGUUUUACCGACAUCCGAUGCUAAGAACCAUGGUAGCGCGAGUCUAGCCGAGCAUGAUCAACUUGAUCUUUAUCCAAAACUCACAUAAUAUUCUAUUUAUCCUAUUAAUUAUUUAUUCCAUUUGUACAUUUAUAAAGUUCAAAUAACGCAUUUUUUUAGACAAUUUUGACUUGUUCUUCACAAGAUUAUAGUUUAGUUGUAUUGAAACUUAUUUUGUGUUAUUAUAAGGGUAAUGCUUAAUUUAACAUUAAUCACAUUUUUUAAACAUAACACAUCAGAAUGAUUAUUCAAAAUAGAAGGUCAUAAAAUUGUUAUAAAAAUUUAUAAUACCGAUUUUUACUGUUUAACUAGUUCUUCUUGAAUGCUCUGAGCUUUUAUGAUUUCAUACGUACAACUUGUAGGGUCAAUAUGGCUGGGAGUUGUAUAAUUGCAACUAACUAUUUACCUUGCGAUUAUUGUUCAAUUGUUGAGAUAAGAAGUCUCCACGCUAGGACUCAUGAAAGUGCAGGUCAGCACAGAAGGUAAUCGUGAUGACUCCGCGAUGACCUGUAAAUAAACUCUGACAUUCACACACUCCGGAAAAGUCUUCUGUUAUGGAUCAUAAUAAGGGACACGUCAGAAAAGUUUAACUGUUUCGCAAUAUAAUUUUGGAGAAUGAUAUGUUAUUACCUGAAGUAGCUUCGUACUCGUUCCUGUACACGUUUGCUGAUAAAUGUGUAUGAUGACGAUUGUGUAAAGCUUUGGGGAAUAACAUAUUUAACAUCAUUAUUCAUAGUUACUGAAGUGAUGGAUUUCUUCUGUACAGGUAAGUUUGUUUUAUUCCUAUUUUCACAAGACGUCUAUUUUCCUUUAUUUUCUUCAUGUCAAUAGCAUUUAUUUUUAUGCUACCGAGAUAAUCGUGUACAGUGAUAAAUCUUUUGAAUGUACGGAUAGGAUUUAUCGAUAACAGUGCUAAAGAAGUGUGAAAAAUAAUACUUACCCAAAUGUUGACAAUCUUUCAAAAUCAGGCUGUCAAAAAUUGUCGUCCGUAUCGUGUGUAUGAUGACGUCAUACAUUGAUGACGCCAUACACAAACUUUGAAAUGUCAAUAAUUGUCGUCCGUAUCAUGCGUAUGAGAACGUCAUACACUAAUGACGUCAUACAAUAACAUAAAUUUUGACAUAUGUCGUUUGGUAGUAAACAUAACUGUCGAAAAUCAUGAGUUGGAACAUCGAAGGGGAGUUUCCAGAUUUUUAUGUAACCAUGAAUGGAGUAAGGUGUGUUGGUGACUCCAGGAAACCUAACACCAUAGAGAAGUGUGCCAGCGGAAAUAACAAAGACGAAAUAUGGUUCAAAUUUGAAGGAGAAAAGAAUGGGAAACGGUUGAAGCGGAGUCUUGUAGAGAAGGGUAACACAAAGUUUUCAUCUGCCAUCUCCAAUGCACAGUUUCUUGAAAUGUGUGAAAGAAUGAGGAUUCCCGUGCAAAGAAAAGGGAAAAAAACUGUUCCUGCAUGUACUAGUAUUAAUGUUGAUCAUGAGGUGGAACCAGUGCCAACACCUGUACCUUCAGAAGUUCACCAAGAUUUGAAGAUUUUAAAAGAAAAGUCUGCAGGUUUUUUCACGGUUGAUCUGGAUUGCCUUACGGCUCCAAGUGAAGAAUUGGUGGUGCGAUGCACAGACACUACAUGGGUGCAGCAAAUCAAAGAGAGCAUGAGAUCUCAACCAUCACGGCCAGUCACAAGAAUUCCGGUUCUGUGUGAAAGAGAGAUUCCCCCAGUGGAUUUUUGCAUUAACACAAUGCAUCCACUUCUGACACUGGGGGGAAACCAUAUGGUGACAGCCAUGAAGGACCUGCUAAUAGAAGAAGCUGGAAAUCCUGAUUAUGAAUGUUUGAGGCAAGUUUAA